GGGUUGGAGCAAAAACCUGCAGUCACUGCGGCCCUCCAGGACCGUAAUUGAGGACCCCUGCUGUAGGGUUUCACAUAUCCCUUACAGAUUGCUCUGCUGACUACUGGCAGAUUUAACCAGUUUCUUCUGCAGGUCUGCUAGGCUUCCAUGGUACUCACUUCUGAGGUGACCACCAUGUAAGCCUAGCAGAGAUUACCAUUCCCUCCUCCUCCCUGUCUAUCCAAUUAAUCGUUUUCGUCUCUCUACAUUACUCUGGAUGGACGUGAAGCCUGGAUUCAUCAUUGCUCCACGAAUUCGCCCCUCUCUUUUUCUCUGUCUUUAUGUAUAUACCGCAAUAACAAUGUUUGUAGGUGAACAGAUUUUUAGAAUCAAAGAUACUGAUAUUUUAAAGAAUUCAAAUUCUGGAAAAAAUUUUGAAAAUGUUGAAUUAGGUGAAAUAGGAAAGAAGAAACCUCAGAAGAUACCACGAAGGAUAAUUCACUUUGCCAGUGGCGAAACCAUGGAGGAAUAUAGUACAGAUGAAGAGCAAGAAGAGCCAGAAAAGAAGGAUCUUUUGCCAGCAGUUAAUCCAAGAAAUCUGACUUGGGGACCAUACUUUUUAUUCCAUAUGUGGAGAGUAGCUACAGCAACAAUUUCAGUUUGUGAUUACCUUGGGGAAAAGAUGGCAUCAUUAUUUGGCAUUACUACUCCCAAGUAUCAGUAUGCUAUUGAUGAAUAUUACAGAAUGAAAAAAGAGGAACAAGAGGAGGAAGAGGAGAACCAAAUGUCCGAGGAAGCAGAACGUCGUUUUCAGGAACAACAGGCCCAGGAAAAUUUAGAACCACGCAGUACCCAACCUGAAGGAGCUGCUUCCUUUGUUAAUGUAACAUUUGAUCUAGAGAAAGACGGGUGUGCACAUUCUGAGAAUAACAGAGUUUCAGCUCCUAUUCCAACUUAACUCUAUAUUUAAAAACUGAAGACUGUUCUUUACAAGCACUUCUCAGUUCACUUUUAUUUUCAGUAACUUUUUAAUUUAUUUUUCAGGUUUAUGCGGAUUAUUUAAUAAUAAUAUAUUGUUGAUUGGUGUCACAAGUGCUAAUGCUAAAAGGGUCCACAUUUAAGAACGAUGUAUUGCAGUCCGUGUGGCGUGUACAUUUCCCAUCCAAAAAGCUAAAAACCGUAGUCGAUCUCAAUUCUAUUGGAAGUGUAUUCUAAUAAUGUCAUUUAUUAUUUCAGGAACAGAAAUUCAUAAUUCUGUUUCUAAAGACCAUUUCUUUCAUUGACAAGAAUUUAGAAUUAGUGUUGCUGCAGAUAACCACACAGAUGCUCUUUUAAAAUAAAUCUAACAUUGUAUUAACAGUACACCCUAGUGUUUAUGAUCUAAAUGCUUGAAUUAUUCUC